GUUGGACUCAAUUCAUUUCAUUUCAUUUCAUUUCAACAUGGCUGUUGCAAAGCGUUCCCGCACCGAAGCAAAAGUAGACCCCUCGAUGAAGGCGGUUAAGGAUGCAGUGGAUCAGAUCCGCUUCUUGGAGCGGCAAGUUGCAGAGAGCAAAACGCAUUUAAACAACAUCGUCCUUUUACUUCAGUAUUGCGAGAACGAUUCCCCAAAAAUCAUUCAUGCCGCCAUGCAUGCUCUCUUUCGCCUCUUCUCUGCUAUGCUUUCUAGAGGCGAGCUUCAACGACCCAAAAAUGCAACAACGGAGGAUAAGAAGGCAACAGUUACAUUAUGGCUUCGUGACAACUACGUAAAAUAUCAAAACAGAGUCUGUAAUAUUCUAAAUAUGCUCGAACCUGGUCUUCAGGUCCCUGCAUUGAGAAUCCUCCUGGACUUGGUUAAGGUGGAAUCAACUUAUCUGAGCAGUUUGUCAGGGACACACCACUUUGCCAACGACCUAUACCAAAGAAUUGUCGGGGCUCUCCUCAACUGUACGAACAUGAGCCAGCCAUUAUUAAACGAGUUCACAGAAAAGUACUUGGGAUUCUACGAUGACCUGCGCUUCUAUUUUUUGAAAGAUGCAGCCAUUAUUAUCAAUACAGCAUUAGGAGAGCCCCCUAAGAAGGACAGUAAAGCACCACAGAAAAAAAAACAAAAAUCUAAUAACCAAGCACCACCAGAAAAACUUUCGCUUCUCCUCGAAAACUCCUUUUCCAUUAUGGAAACUCUCAAAACAAUGCCUACUGAAGCUAAAGAGCUAGACGAAUUCUGGACUGGAAACCCUGAUUCAAACAAUGACAAACAGGGAUACACUGGCGAAACUUUCGGCUUCUCUGAUGACGAUGAGGAUGAUACUGUAGAGGAUUUGACAAAGGAUACUUCAGCAACACCUGUCAAAAAACAUCCCUUACUGAUGCUCUAUAAUCACAAGCGUGUUUUCUCUGACUGCUGGAUUGCUAUUCUUCGGCUACCUUUUACUACCACCAUCUACAAAAAGACCUUACUCAUUGUUCAUAAACGUAUCAUUCCACAUUUGCCACAACCGACUGUGCUCAUGGAUUUCCUCACUGAUUCAUACAACGCUGGAGGCGCCAUAAGUCUAUUGGCACUGAAAGGUCUUUUCAUCCUCAUUACAGAGCAUAACUUAGAUUAUCCCGACUUCUUCAGAAAACUCUACAUGUUGUUCGAUCGAAACUUGAUGCAUGUGAAGUACAGAGCUCGCUUCUUUAGUCAGGUAGACCUUUUCCUGUCAUCACCACUAUUACCAUCACAAUUGGUUGCUGCCUUCAUUAAACGUAUGGCUCGCUUGGGAUUAUCCAGUCCUCCUGCUUCUAUUGUCAUCAUUAUCCCUCUCAUUUAUAACCUUUUGAAACGUCAUCCUACAUGUAUGCAGUUGAUUCAUGGUCAAGCCAAUGGUGAGAAGAAUGAUUUAUAUAACCACAACGAAUCAGAUCCAAUGAAAUCCAAUGCACUCCAAAGUUCAUUAUGGGAAAUUCAGACUCUUCAAAACCAUUUUGCGCCCAACGUCGCUACAUUGGCCAAGAUCUUCAACGAGCAGUUCACUAAGCCUUCUUAUAACCUGGAAGACUUUUUGGACCACACAUAUACUACCAUGUUCCAGAACGAGAUCACUAAGAAGCGUAAAGGCGAGGCUUCUCUCGAUAUACAAGCCCCCAAGGGCCUUUUUGUGGCCGAGAUCGAAGCGGUAAUGGAUAAAGAAGAGAUGACAGAGCAAGAGCAGAAGCAGGACACGAUUGUUCUUGGGUGGGAAUCGUGGGCGUUUUGAAUAUGAUAUCGAAAUAGAAAUCAAUAGAAAGAUGUAAUCAUAAAAUUAAAUGAACG